UUAAUGGCAACAUUGUUUCGCCGGAAACAAGCAACAACUCAUAUGUUUCACAAACUGCACAAAACUCAGCCAGCCAUCUUUUGUGGGAAAAUCAUUUAUUUCGUGUCGUCAGGGUAAAUUUCAUAAUUGUAAUUAAUGUCAGAGCCACAGUCUUCGCUUUUAUUAAAAAAGCAGCUAGCAGAAUUAAACAAAAAUCCAGUGGAAGGUUUUUCUGCUGGAUUAAUAGACGACAAUGACAUUUACAGAUGGGAAGUUCUCAUUAUCGGGCCUCCAGACACAUUGUAUGAGGGUGGAUUCUUCAAAGCACACUUACAUUUUCCAAAAGAGUAUCCUUUGAGGCCACCACGGAUGAAAUUUGUUACUGAAAUUUGGCAUCCAAAUAUUGAAAAGAAUGGUGAUGUUUGUAUAUCAAUAUUGCAUGAGCCGGGAGAUGACAAAUGGGGUUACGAGAAAGCAUCAGAGAGAUGGUUACCCGUACAUACGGUAGAGACAAUCCUUAUAAGUGUCAUUUCUAUGCUGGCUGAUCCCAACGACGAGAGUCCUGCUAAUGUUGAUGCUGCAAAAGAGUGGAGAGAAUCAUAUUCGGAGUUUAAAAGAAAAGUAGCACAGUGUGUAAGAAAGAGUCAAGAGGAUUGUUCCUAAAUAAUAGUGCCCUUUUUCAUAGAUUUAUUUGGAUAGUGAGUGUUUGUGAUGCAACGGAGAGGUUGGCCGCAGUGACACAGUGCGAGCGCCCUCACACCCGGGCUAGAGACAAUAUUGAAAUUGUUUUAAAAUAAAUACUUAUUGUAAUGAAAUGGUAUCGCUGCCGUAUUUUAUAAAUAAAUUAAAAGUAGUAUCCGAGGUCUUUUUCAUCUUUUUUAAGACAUGUUAGCUAGCUAUUGUUAUGAUAUAAAAGUGUAUGAGAAUUUUUUUAUAGAAAAAACGAAUCUGCAUUUGUUCCCUUCUCACAUAUUUACAAGUUUGAUCUCUUUAAAAUAGAAACCAAAUCUGAAAUAAUUUAGUUGUAUUUAUUACUCGAAAAUGUUUAUAUUAUAUUGCUUACGAGCACACAUAAUUGUAUAAAAAUGGUAAAAUGCAAUGCCUAAUAUUGUGCCUGUGAAUAAAUGUUUAGUUACCGCUAUACUCUGAUUGAACGUUCUUCCGUAUCGCAUGUCACUAGUGCUCAUUUUAGUAGUGAAAUUUUAAUAAUAAUUUUGUCUGAAUAAAUGCAUAUUUUGUAAAUUUAUCUUUGUAUAUUGGUCCACCUUGCCCUUAGCACAUGGUUAUAUGAUUUGCACAACUAUGGUGUUUCCUUUAUUUUAUAGAAAUAAGAAAUUGCUAUUGAAUUGUAAAAUCAAUUGAAUAAUAGUUUUAAGAAAACUUAAGAAGUGUACCUUAAAUACAUAGCUUUUGGAGACAUUUUGUAUAAAACAAGCGUAUAAAUUAUUUUAUGGUAUAGCUUUCAAAAUUAUGUAAUGUCGCAGUUUUUUUUAAAUAUACACAUACUAAACUAUUGAAAAUUAAUUUUGAAGGUAUAAAAUGCUUUCGAACAAAAUUCUGUUAUAUUUUUUAAGCUAUCCAUGGCAAAAAUUUUCACAUUAGUGCAUGUUCAAAUUUAAUAAUAAUUUGUCAAUAUAAAAAGCAAUUAAAACAAUCGAUGCCUUUAAGUGUUUGUGACAAAUGUUCAAUUUUCUUUGUGUAUGUAUAUUUUUACUAUAAAAUCAUAAUGCAGUGCUAA